CCCUCCCCCUAGCAGUCCAAUCACUUUGGUACACAACUUAGCUGAAUAGAGAAGAAGUCUUUCAUCUUCGUGAAUUUUUAGCCACGAAAAUGCCUGCAAGAAACGUCCAUGCUUGGUAUAAACUAGCCUUCAAGCUGCUGGUUAGCGAUCAAUGGCAUGUGAUAUCCGAAAAAGUCGAAAAUGGCGACCUGUGUUACAGAUGGGUUAAGGAGCAACUAAUGGCUGCUCUGCAUGACGUGGAAAAAAAUGCAUGGCAGAAACCGCUUGGUAAUGCAGCAUUUACCUUUCGUGAACAACUGGUUGGUAUGAGAAGUCCUAGUCUAAGCGAGGAGACGUAUCUUAAAGCUCAACAUUGGCUUGGAUUACAAAAUGGAAUGACUGCACUGCGCGAUGAAAGUACUCCUGUUCGUCACAGACUUGGUGGAGCGAAGCUGGCUUUAUUAGAGGGAACUUUUGUUCACUUUGACAAGCCAGAAGGCGCUGGUUCAGCCAUUUGUGAUGUAUUUACAAACCUGUGCCAGAUAGACCCAGUAGUGGAAGCCAUUUACGAGAAUAAAGAUGCUCAAUUGGCAGCAGAAGUGAAGAUCAUGUUUGACUCUUCCAAGGAAUAUGCAGAGAGCAUGAAAUUGCCUAUCGAUGACUUGGUUGAGCUUGAAUUUGAUCCAAGUUGCCUGCCAACUGACCCACCUUCCUUGUUCAAGCCACCAGAGAUCUGGGCGUUUGGAGACAUCGGCAAUGAAGAUGGUUUUCUCAGCGAUCCUGACAAAAUUCAAAUUGAUAAAGAAGGGAAUUUUCUGGUAAUGGAUCAAGACUUGACUGRUGUAAACGUAGAAACGGUUCAGAGGAUCCAGCUUUUUAACCCUCUGGGGAAAUUUAUCAAAGUCAUCUUGAAAAGAGGAGAAGGCAAAGUAAAUGGUAUGAAGGAUUUCUGUCUAAAUAAGGAUGGCAAUCUGGUCGUCGUGGAUACAGAUGAUAACGACAAGACUCGGCUCCAGGUCUUUGAUUAUGAUGGCAAUCAGAUGAUGGUGAUUGACGUUGACAAAGACAACCCAGACAGUGUUGCAGCAAUCAGAUUUGUUUAUGUUGAUGAUGAUGGCAACAUGAUUUGUGGAGACAUAGGUGAUUCAUGCAUCCGUAUUUACGGACCAGAUGGUACUCUAAAGUCAAAGUUUGGACAAUGGGGUAUGGGUGAAGGACAGUUCUUGAAUAUUGGCUCAGUCACAGCUCAAGGGGGCAAGAUCUAUGUUUUUGACAAUGGUGUUGACAAAAUCGAAACCGUGGUUUUUGACUACGAUGGAAAAUUUCUAUCCAAGUUUGAUUCAGGCAUAAAGCAUUGGCAGUUAGUGUUUGAUGAGAGAAACCAGCAUUUCUAUGCUGUCCAGGAUGAUCAUACCAUCGAAAUCCUGGCGCUGAAUGGAACAAGCAAGGGCAAGACUGGAAGUUUUGGAUAUGACUUGAAAGAUUUCUGGUUUCCAUCCAGUGUGGCAAUACUAGAGGAUGGAAGAAUUGCAGUUGCAGACAGGAGCAAUAACAGAAUUAAAGUGUUUAAAUUCUGAGGUGCUUAACUAUGGUAUUUUCAAGAUCUGGCAAAGCUUAACGAUGAGACUACAACUACCAAGGCCACCUAAACAAGUUUUAAAUCAACUUCACAAAUCACAUUUUUACCUUGAAUAACAGGAUGGGGAUGAAUUCUGGAGUUUAAACUGUUUCUUGUUCGCUCCUGAUCAUACACACACGUAUAAAGUAAAAUAUAUGUUUUUAAAGGGAAAAAUAGAAUAGUUUGUGCAUAUGCUAUUAUUUAGAUACUCAAUUGUGAUUGCAUGGCUAAUUYUUUUAUCUGGGUGGCCUUGGUUGGGGUAGUUGAUUUGUGGCAUGUUAAAAAAAAUYAUAAAAUCAAUGCACAAAUAAUUCGCACAGGAUGCACAGUUUUAGAAUCUGUCAAAAUUAAUUUAAUUGUCUCAGAAUGUUGAGAAAUUUGUUAUUGGGUAUAAUAUUAGUGAGAAUCAGGCUGUAGCAAAGCUGAAUAAAAAAUAAAUAACUCAAAGGCUACUUGAACAAGAGGACCUCUGGCACUGCCCAGGGUUUAGCAUAUUAUUGUAUUGUGAUUCCUAUGAUUCCCAGCUGUGUGCAAAACAAUUCUUUAGAAUUUAAAAUUCUUGUUUAGCUUCUCAUGCCUCCGGUAACUGAUUAAACCUGCCCGAAGUGAUCUAGGACCUCUGGAGGCAAGAGUAAAAUAACAAUGAGAAAUUAUCAAUAUUAAUGACAGUUGUGCACAAUUUGUAGGAUUAAGAAUCAUUAUCAAAUAACUGUUGAAUGUU